UCCUGCUACUGCUGUGUGACUAGAAAACAUUGCAAGAAAGCUACCUGGAGUAUGCAUGUUAGCAUUUAAAACAGGGACCCACAGUAUAAGGUACAAGACAAAGAAAAAUGAGGAGAAACUUGAAAAAGCAGUACCAGCCCCAGAAUGUUCCACAAAUACCUCGCAUUCAAGUGCCUGCCUCUGCUGUUGACAAUUCAUUACUGAAGGACCUAAAUCAAGGGCAGAGACGCUACUUCUACAGCAUCAUGAGGAUUUAUGACUCCAGGCCCCAGUGGAGCCUGCAGACCCGCUACAUUCACAGCCUUGGGUACCAGCAGCAGCUGGGCUAUAUCACUCAGCAGGAGGCCUUGUCUUAUGCUGCCCUGCUUAGACAUUCAACCAUGCAAGCCUCAACCAAGGUGGAUCCUCAAAGGACCAUUCCCCGAAACUCUUCAGCCACGCAAAGAAAAUGCCGUCCAGCAAAACCAGAGUCUAGAGUUAGACCCAGGGCCCCCAGCACAGCACACUGAGCAUCAAGACCCGAGGCUAUGCAUAAUCUCUAAAAUAGAUAGCUUAUCUGUGUAUUCCUGGCAAGUGGGGGCUUGGUAUAUGUCUGUUGUAUGAUAAUGAAUAAAAUAAUACUAAUAUAAACUCCAGACCUACACAUAAUCCCAUCUUCAUAUAAAUGUCGCCAACAAGAAGAAGUUGGAAGAUUUGCAAGCUAUAGAGCAGAUAAUAAGCAAGGUUUAUCACAUAUAAUCUGUAAAAUAAAGGGGCUUUCAAUGUUUUCAAAACAUUAAAAGCUGCUUCUGAGUUCCAGUGUCCCCGUGAAGUCUCAGGGGAGUAGAAGGGGACCAGUGACUGGACCCCUCUCCCUGGGUGACAGCUGCUGGCAAGCUGCCCAUUGCACACCUGAAAAUAUACAAAGCCACACAGUCAGUACUGAUUACGGAGGUUUCUGGAGUCACAGUGUUAGUGACGAGUGCCACAUGCCUCUUCCUACCUUUAUCCCCAUCAGGCAAUGAGAUUCACUGUGGCCCUGCAAUUUCUGGUUCUCUUGACUCAAUCACAUUUCUGUCAUUUUUGAAAUCUGUGUUCUUCAGUUUGCUACUGCCAGGCUGAUUCUAGACAUCUGUGAUUGACCUUGACAUGGCUAAGCUAAUUCAUGCACACACCUGCCCCUGGCAGUAACAAACGCUCUCAGCAGAACAGAAAACAGCCCCAAAGAAUUGAUCUCAAGUCUUGUCUUUGAAGAUCUUAAGAACUCGUACAAGACCAUGCAAAUGAGCAGAUAAUGAGAAACGGCCAGUCUGGUUUCUCUGCAAAUGGCACAGUGUCAUAUUAGAUAUGUUUAAUAAUGACUUUCUUCACCAGAUUUUCUCUUGUGUGUGCCAAAAAUUAGUGAUCCCAUACAGUCAAAUUAAAAACUGUCACUUCCUUAUCUUUAUUUUUUAAUGCCAUUCAUGUCAGCCAAUGAAGAAAUUGUUGAGAUAGACCUUAUUUCACAAGAGAGAUUGAACAUUAAUUUGAAAAGAAGUUGUUACAAUGCUAACACACACCCUUUCCAGCCAAAACCCAAAAUAACAACAACAAAACAAAAUUUCCUCAUUGAUAAUUGCCUUUCUCUGCAGCCAUUAACAUAAAAGAUAUGAAAUCAGUCGAAGGCUUCUAAAGAGCCUCAACUGUCGGGUCUCCGAUUCCACCUGACGUUUCUUUGGAUGGUGUGAGGGGCAUGGUUGUCCCACCUGUCUGUCAGGCAGUCUUGGGAAAGCAGGAACAACCUCUGACCAGAUGGAGACGAUGCUGCUAUGGCUCGUACUGUCCAUCGUCAGUGUGGAGAGACUAAGGGGCCAUUUGCCUAAUCAUGAAGCAGCUUCUUGAGCAUCCUGACACUGAUUCAAGUACUCUGUGUAGAUCACACUGUUAUAUUAGGGGUUGUUAGGUAGCUUUUAAAAACCCCAUAGAACUGGGGUGAGCUGUGACGUAACCCUCCUAAGAGGUAGAGGAUGAUGGCUGCCCUAACAGUCCACAUUAACCUUCCCUUGUUUCCACUCCCAGCCUUUUAUCUCUGUGAACUGCUGGCUUGCACUUUAUCGUGGGCUUUUUGCGCCUUGGUUGGCCUAGGUACCUGCUGAGUCAGCGUUAGCUGGUGGUAUAGAAUAACAGGAAUAACAAGCAUGGAGGAUGCUGUAACCCUGUAUCAAAAACUCUCGGGAGCGUUUGUCCCAACAGAGGCUUUUACAAUCCUAUGGGCAGGUGAAUGUCACCGGCCCGUAAGAAGGACAAAUUAAUAGAUGUAAACUGGUGCAGGAUCCCUUCUUGCUGAUUCCCCCUUCUGAGAAGAUAAUGUUUCCUGUAAAGCUAGAGCCUCACAUUUCAGACUUGUAAAGAUGUGGUAGCUUGGGGAGCUUAAAAAAAAAAAAGAUGCUCACCGAAAAGGACACUGAGAAAGAUAAUCAAGGAGGUAGAAAGGGCACACAAAGGUUUUAGGUAACCCUAGUGCUUUGACCAAUUGGAGACUGAGCUGCUCUGGCUCACAAUGAUCACCAUCAACACAGGGAUUUCAAGGAACCAUUUUAUCUAAAAUUGCUGACACCUGAAAGAGACCCUGACCGUGGAAAGCUGUCCACAAUGCUUGUUGAACAAUACUGAUGUUUUCAAAGUCUGCUAUCAGACUGGCCUCCCUCUGGGUUUGGGAUGUACUUCAAGGGUGCCAGGAAGCUACACACCUGGGGAGGCCUGGCAGUGGUUAUCGGGGAGAAGUGAUCAGAACAGUUCCUCCAAGGUGCAGGCAAUAGCGGGCAGCAAAGCAUUUUCAAAAGGUAAUAAAGGUAAUACAGCCAGGCAAAGUUGGUCUCCAUUUUAUAAUUGCCGCAAGACAGUCAGGGACAGAAUGUGCUCCCCGCUCCUUCCUUGCUAUAAAUCCUAAACAACUGCUAAGGGAACACGAGUUCUGGGUUUUAAUUAUCCUUCUUGUCUCUGUUGGGAAGAGUCUGAAAAACUUCUUGUGUUAUGGUUCAGACAUUUGAUUGUACUGAAUGGGACCUGUGUUGGGAGUUUCGUCCUCAGUGUGCUGAUGUGUGGAGAUGGGACAGAGCUGUUGUGAUGUGGAGCCCCACAGGUUUAUGGGGAGUUAUGGGAGGCAUCACUCUCAGGGGACUUGAUGGGGCUCUUAUGAGACCCCAGGUCGUCCCCAGGAAAAGCCCAGCAGACGUAAGACAGCAGUUCUGAUGCUUCCUUGUCCCUCUUGGUGAGCAGCCAUUCUGUAAAUAUCCAAGUGUUCUUAGACAACUGUAUAUUCUCUCAUGGACGA